AUGGCCGAUCCCUAUAACCCGUACUCUUCAUACUCAACGCCAACGCCGGGCGGGGUCAGCUACUAUCCACCAGACGAGCAAUCUCACCUUCACCAACAGCCUGGUUAUCAAUACCAGCAACCAUACGGUAGCGCAUCACCACAACCAGAUGCGAACUACGGAUAUGCUCCGCAGCCGAAUCCAAGUCCGAGUCCCUACCAUCUCGCACCGGAGCCCUAUCAAGGUAAUGCGCCGGACAGAAGUCAUACGCCUGUAGGGCAACCAGAUCACCGGGGUCCAGUCACGACCGCAGGGAUGCCGCCCGCCAACGAAGGCAAAGUCCCAGAAAAUUUGAGUUACUACUAUCCCGCCGACCAACCGCGAUACACUCCAUCCGCCAGUCCGCAUCCACCCCCCGUCCAUGUAUCUGAUGCAGACCAACACCGGUAUCGCAGUGACGAAAAACGUUCGUCGGAUCAAGACGCCGACGCCGAGGGCGAACGUGGAAUCGGAAGCUCACUUGCCGGUGGGGCUGCGGGAUAUUAUUUCGGACAUAAGAAGAACCACGGCCUGCUGGGUGCAAUCGGGGGUGCUAUUAUUGGCAAUUUCCUUGAGGAUAAGUUGAAGGAUAGUGGUCAGCAUUCACAUGGGCAUCACCAUGAGCAUGGUAAUGGGCAUCAUCAUGAGCAUGGUAAUGGGCAUCAUCAUCAUCACCACCAUCAUCAUCAGCAUAGUCGGAGUCGGAGUCACUCGCGGCAUCAUGAGGAGGAUGAUUAUUAA